AUAACGCUCAUUUUAGGCUAUAAAAGCGUUCAAAAGCCAACCAAGCCCUUCAGGUCAAACAAACUAGUUAAGAACAAGUUAAAGACAGAGAAAAAAAAAACAAGUAUAGUGAAGAGAGACAUGGCCUCAAAGUGGUGCAUUGCGUUGUUUAUUGCCCUAGCUGUGGCUCAUCAAGUCACAGCUAGAAAUGUCCCUGCAGCAUCAAAAGAUGCUGCAGCUGGACUCGACGACCAGAAAAACUUCAUGACCUAUGGUGGCAUGGGAGGGUACUCUGGAGUUGGAAACAAUGGUCUCCCAUUUGGAGGAGUCGGUGGUGCAUUUGGUGGAGGCGGUGGUGGCAUAAAUGCUGGCAUUGGUGGCGGUGUUGGACUUGGUGGAGGUGGUGGACUUGGUGGCUUCGGUGGACUAGGUGGCGGUGGUGGUGCCGGUCUUGGUGGUGGUGCUGGCACCGGUAUUCUCCCGGGUGGAGUUGUUCCUUUCCCAUGAAGUUAAGAAAAAAAAAAUUGCAUGAAAAAGAAUUUGAGUGUACUCAUGUUUUUCUUUGUUAUUGUUGGAUCGAUUUACUAUAGCUAGGUAGCUAGUUAAGUAGAUCUAGUAAUAUAUAAAAUGUAAGUGUUAUAAGAGAAGGGUUUGGAUUUGUAGUAAUGUGAGAAUUUUUCUCUCUUCUUUUGGCUAAUGUUUAUUAUGUAAGUGUUGUUUUAUAUAUUUGUCUAGCUAGUACUAUUAUUAUAUAUGUUUUGUUUAUGUUUUUUCCUUUAAAAAAAACAUUGGAGAAAAUAAAACAACAUAUGUAUAAUCAAAAA